AGGCUCAACAAAAGUAUCAACACCUAUCCCUCCAUUCUGAACUCUUAAUUCACACUUUUUCAUUGAAGUAAAAGAAUAUUUCUAAAGUGUUAUAAUGGCUGCCUCUACUAUGGCUCUCUCCUCCCCAACUUUUGCCGGUGAGGCACUCGAGGUGUCUCCGGCUCAUUUAGGUGUCGGCCGGAUUUCCAUGAGGAGGGCUGUCAAGCCUGCUGGUCCUUCUGGAAGCCCGUGGUACGGCCCAGACCGUGUCAAGUACUUGGGCCCAUUCUCUGGUGAGCCUCCAUCCUACUUGACUGGUGAGUUCCCAGGUGAUUAUGGCUGGGACACUGCUGGGCUGUCAGCUGAUCCAGAGACUUUUGCUAGAAACCGUGAGCUUGAAGUCAUUCAUGCGAGAUGGGCUAUGCUUGGAGCUUUGGGUUGUGUCUUCCCUGAGCUCUUGGCCCGUAAUGGUGUCAAAUUCGGUGAGGCUGUAUGGUUCAAGGCCGGAUCUCAGAUCUUUAGUGAGGGUGGGCUUGACUACUUGGGCAACCCAAACUUGAUUCAUGCACAAAGCAUUCUUGCAAUUUGGGCUUGCCAAGUGAUCUUGAUGGGUGCCGUUGAGGGAUACCGCAUUGCCGGUGGGCCUCUCGGUGAGGUGACAGACCCACUCUACCCAGGUGGAAGCUUUGAUCCAUUGGGCCUUGCAGAUGACCCGGAGGCUUUUGCUGAGCUGAAGGUGAAGGAGAUCAAGAAUGGUAGAUUGGCCAUGUUCUCAAUGUUUGGCUUCUUUGUUCAAGCCAUUGUGACUGGAAAGGGACCUCUGGAGAACCUUGCAGACCAUCUUGCAGACCCAGUGAACAACAAUGCUUGGGCUUAUGCUACAAACUUUGUCCCCGGAAAGUGAGCAGGAAAUGUAGUACAUUAUCAUGUAUAAGUGUGAAAGUCGAGUAAAUUUGAGUGAGUGUGAAGCUGAGACUGGUGUUCGGUGUUGCGUGUUUGUAAAAGAUUUCUGCAGACAUGAAUUACAAUUCUCUGUAUCUUACAA